AUGAACCUUCUAAUUUUACUCGCAAUCGCAACGUGCCUUACGAGAGGAAACGCAUUUCUGCACAAAAGGAUCAACUACAAGAGGAUAGGACAUGCGCGAAUAAGCGACAAACCCAGGACCAUACAAUAUGACCACGUCCUUUACAAAGUGCAUAGAAAGAAGGGAGUAAAAAAAAUUUACUCCUUCAGGAGACACGUAUCAGAAAUAUGGAAUAACAUUAAAACGAGGAGGAUAGAAAAUUAUAUGGAAGAUUUUUUUCAAACGGAGCAAUGUAAGUUGGACAGAGUAAUUAAUGUGGCCCUGUAUUUUUACUUGAACAGAAUUGAUAAGGAUGAUGAGAAGAAGAUUUUUUUUCACAAGGGGAGGAGGUGA